AUGUCUCGCGUGUCAGAUGCCGUUUCCCAAAUUACAGAAUCUGGAGCCAUGUCGCGGAUUACAGAUGGCCAAUACUCACCUGAGCUAACCUCAUCGACCCGCCUCAAAGCAAGUGGAUCCUUCUGCUUGAAGAACCGAUUCCGACACUUUCUGAUUGUGAUUGCAUUGGCUUGUUUGAGUAUUGUCAACAGUAAUAUCACCGCCUUUAAUCAAGUCAUCAUGUGUAUUAAGAAUGAAACGGUAGGUUGCUGACCUAAAAAAUCAAAAUCUUGAUAGUAAUGUUGAUCGGACCUAACAAAAAAAUGAUUUUUAUCUGGAACGUAUUUUCUUGUUUGAACACCGGACUAUUUCACAAAAAAAUCAUGUAACCGCCACAUUUGACUUGCGCUAUACCUUUUACAAUCUUAUAAACCCUCUAAUUCCUUGCUCAUCAUCUAUUCGUCCUUCUUUAGCUCCUAAACACACAAAAACACAAAAAAAACGUUGACUUACCUGCAUUUCGGACCUAGAAGUAGCUGUGUGCCCAAUAUCACCUAAAUCAUGUGAAUUUGGACCAAUUUUGGAACCAUUUUGUAAAAAGUUGUUUCAUUGGAAUCAUAACACACGUAAAGUCAACACAAUUUGUGCCAACAUUUCCAAUCUAAAUCAAUGUUGCAAAAAAAAUAUUUUUUUAUUUAUUUUUCGUCGAAGAUUAUUGGCCGCAGCUUGCGGUCGUUGUCUUGAACGUUUUUUUUAAUUCUUUUAGCGUGCCGAACGUUGUGCUACGUUUUUUUUUCAUUGUUAAAACUUCCAAAUAAAAAACCUUCGAUUUUUGUUAAUUUAUCGUGUUUUACAUUGCUUUAUUUACCUUGUUUUACAGUUGUUUGCCUCGUUUUCUUUUAUUUUCUUUGUUUUUUUUUACCUUGAUUAUUCCCUUUGCUUUACCACGUUUUACCUAUUAUUAUUCACCUUAUUUUACCUCAUUUUAGGACUCCUCCGAACCACAUUAUCCCAUAACAAUAAGCGAAGAAGCCUGGCUACAACAAGCGAUUGGAGUUGGCAGUUUAUUGGGCACGUUUCCUUAUAAUUAUGGAUUCUCCAAGAUCGGAGCCAAAUAUUUAUUCGGAGUUUGCGGUUUUAUCUCCGGAAUUUGUGGAGCUUUGACGCCAUUGGCUGCAAAAAGUGGAUUCUGGUGGUUUUUCACCAUGAGAUUCAUUCAGGUAAGAAUAUUUUUGGUAUUUUAUUCUGUUUUUAGGGCUUCAUUUUCUCGGCCGACUUUUCGAUGGUAGGAUUGUUGAUAACAAAGUGGUCUCCGUUGAAUAGAAGUGCUUUUACUGUGUCGUUGUUGACCUUGUUUACGCCAAUAUCGUCUGUUAUUACGUUUGCAUUGUCAGGACCGGCAUGUGAAUCGUCGAUGGGAUGGCCAAUAUUGUAUUAUGGUCUAGCCGUAGCCACAUUUGUUUGUUUUACACUAUGGUUUGUGUUCUACAACGAUGAACCGGCCAAUAAUCGAUUUUUAAGUCAAGAAGAAUAUGACUUAAUCUCAGAGGGCAAAAAUAAAGAAGAGAUGGCGAAAAAGCAAACGAAUAUUCCAUACAUGGUAAGGUUUUUUUGCUAUUCUGGAUAGUUGUAGGGCUUUUUUUUGUAAUUCGAAGUAUUAAUUUGUUUUUUUAACGUUUAUCGAGGGCUAUUGAUAACCUAAAACAAUAUCUGAUAACCUAGAGUUAUAUCACAAUAAAUCUGGGGCUAAUUCUUUUGAUUUAGGUAUCAAUUUGAAGCUUAUUUUAUGGAGAAUAAAGAUUCAAAGCAAUUUGUAGUCUUUCUAUACGUUUUUAGAGAAUUACACCUUGUUUUAGGUACCAAUAGACCAAUUUUUACAUUUUUUUCAGAAAAUUUUUAAAAGUCCGACAAUCUGGACGGUUUGGUACAAUGCCUUUGCGGACAUGUUCAGUAGCUUCUUCUUCUACGCUUAUAUUGGCCGUUUUCAUGUUCAUGUGCUUAAGUUUGACACUAUUACAGCAGGAUAUUUGGCCGCUUUACCACCAGCACCAUUUAUCAUCACAAAGUUGUUUUUCGGAUAUGCUAAUGACAGAAUGACGUAGGUUUUUGAAUUUGUAGCAGUUUUUUGAAUUUUUGGAGGAUUUUUGGGCUUAAAAUGGCAGUAACUUUUUUUACAAAACAAAAAACGGCAAGAACUUCCUUUACAGCAGGAAACAAUGGCGAAAACUUUCUUUACAAAACAAAAAAUGGCAAGAACUUUCUUUUCAUAACUUUAAACGGCAAAACUAACAUUAUAUUGUUGUAGAUGCUGCUCAGAACGCAUAAAGAUAAACAUCUUUAACACGGUAGAUGUGAUGGGCAUGGGAAUCUUCCUAUUUGCAACUGGUGCAAUUCCACCCGAGUACUGGUAUUUAACCAUAACUGCACUGUGUUUAACUUACGUCUCCAUGUCAUUUGCGGGGGGUGCCUUCUACAAAUGUGCUCAUUUGGCAGCACGACAAUACUCGAGUUUUGUCAUCGCGAUGAUUCAAUUCCUGAAGAGUGUGUCUUUACUAACAGUGCCGUCGUUGUUUGCAUUAGUCAUCAGAACCGACGAGGAUUUGGACAAGAUGGAACGGUGGAGACCGGCGUUCUUUACGUUGGCUGGACUGAUGUUUUCGGUGGGUUACGGGGGCGGUGUAGUUAUGGGUUGAGAGUUAUUAAUAUAGGAAUUUCACUUUUAGGCCGGAUUUCUAUUCUACUUCUUCUCAACCGCCGAUCCAUUGCCAUUUACAAAAACUGGAGAAAGUUCAUCAGAGGAUGAAACUGCUACAAAGUCCAAGGAGGAAUCACAAGUAUAA